AUGUCUGGCGUUACGCAUGGUGCCCCGAUGUCCAAGCAUGAGCGAACAACCACCAACAUCGCCGAGCACCUCAAACGAAUCGUCUCCCCAUGGCCCGAGGUCCUCUCCCAACGCGACAUCGACUUCCGCACCCCAGCCGGACAGCUUAUAGCAUCCUGCAUCUCCCUUGGCUUCGAAGCCGUCCUCGACGGCUACCCAGGCACAUACACUUGGAAACAGCUACAAGAGAUCUAG